ACGGUUUCGUCCACCGUGCGUUUUUCCAUUCGGGUCUGUUUAAUUGUUUACGUUUUGUUGUAUCAUUUUGUUUUUAUCGCGGGGUUUUCGGAGUUGUUGCGUGUGUGACGCGCGGGGUGUGGAUUUUGCGUUGUAUGGAUUUUGAGCGGCCUGUCACCUGUCAUUCCAUCAUUCUAGUCGCAUUUAUCAUAAAUAAGUUUCGAAGAAAGGUUACAGGGUUGGAAAAUUCUAGUGUACAACAUGAAUACUGUAGUGAGUCAGGGCGUCCUUAGAAGCUUGACGAAAGGCAGCGCCGGUUGGAAUUUAGCCAGGUUGAGUUUGACCAGUGUUCGACAUGGGUCCUUCAAGGUCCAAGAUGACAAGGAUUUUCUGGAAAAGGUCGAGAAUAGCAAGGAACCAGUGAUUGUGGAUUUUUUCGCGACUUGGUGUGGACCAUGCAAGGCUUUGGAGCCCCGUUUGGAGAGCAUUAUGGCCAAAAGACACGGCAAGAUCACGCUCGCGAAGGUCGAUAUUGACUCUAUGGGGGAGUUGGCAGCCAAAUAUGAGGUUAGCACAAUUCCCGCCUUAGUGGUUUUCCGGAAUGGGAAGGUCCAGGAGCGGCUGACGGGUCUCCAAGACGAAGAUAAGUUGAGUCUGUGGGUGGACAAAGUCCUUCAAACGAAGUAGACGCAUCAGAUGUAUUUAGAGGUUGAAAAAUUUAUUAAUAAAUUUUGUUGUGUUGUUAAGGUGUUACUUAGAUCUAAAAGGUGGCGAAAUUGUGAGUUUUACUUUUAAAUGUGAUAAAGUAUUUAUUUUUGGCUUUUUUAUGACCUUGGAAUUUGAUUAUCGCUAACAAUGUAGCUGUUUAUUUGAGCAAAUAAAACUGAUAAAAGUUGA